AUGGUGGAAGACAAGGCUACAAGGAGUGAAGACCUAUACAGGGCAGAAGGUGAACAGGGCAGAUUGAAUGAAAUCAUCAAGAAAUGUCAAAAUUGUUUUGGGCUGCAGGCACAUUACUUGCUGAAAACAAGUAAAACCAAUCUGGAUAAAGAUGGAACAUUGAGGAGAUGGACAUAUGGGGAGAAGGAUGAGAAGAAAAGUUGUAAAACCAUUCUGAUGGUUGGAGAAACAGGAACAGGAAAGACUGCUCUCAUCAAUACUAUAAUCAAUUACAUUCUUGGUGUGAAGUUUGAAGACAAAGUAUGGUUUGAAAUAACAAAUGAGGUAACGGUAAAUGACGGAGAUGAGGAAGAUACACAGACUGAAACACAGACAAAACAUAUGACUGUGUAUGAGAUCUAUGUGAAGGAGGCCCCAUUCUCUCUCAUCAUCAUUGACACACCUGGAUAUGGAGACACUCGAGGUUUAAAGUAUGACCAACAGAUCGCUGAAAACUUACACAUGUUGUGUAGAUCUGAAGCCGGGAUCCAUGAAAUGAAUGCUGUUGGUCUUGUGGUGAAGGCAUCUCAGAAUCGACUCACUGAUAGUCAAAAAUACAUUUUUAAUGCUGUUCUGUCCUUGUUCGGUAAAGACAUAGAGCAGAGCAUUGUGAUAUUUGUUACACAUUCAGAUGGAGCAUACCCUACAAAUGCCCUUGCUGCCAUCAAAAAAGCCAAAGUACCAUAUGCACAAAAGAAUAACAAACCUGUUUAUUUCUUGUUCAACAACUACAAAGGAGAGGCAUUUCAGGCAGAAUGUGAGGAGAAUAAUGGUUCAGUUUACAGAACAGCAUGGAAUCUUGGGGUGGACAGCAUGAAGAAGUUUUUGGAACAACUGGAAAAAAUGCAGCCAAAAAGCUUGAAGAUGACGAAGGAAGUUCUGCGACAACGUAAGCAACUGGCAGCUUGUGUCCAGAAUUUACAGGAUCGCAUCAAGAUGAUGGAACUGAAACACACUGAGCUUGAACAGACACAACAAGCCCUGAAUGAUCACAAGAAAGAGAUGGAGAGAAACCAAAACUUUGAGUAUGAAGUAGAUGAGGCUUACAAAGAGAAGGUUCCCAUACAGCAAACCGAGUGGUUCUGGUCUACAAAAGCAACCUGCUGUACUGUGUGUGAGGAGAACUGUCACUACCCAGGAUGCUGGUGGGUCAGAGAUCUCUCAUGGUGUAGUGUAAUGAGUGGAAAUCACUGCACUGUGUGUACUGGGAAAUGUCAUUACACCAACCAUGUCAAAGAGGAGAAGAUAUAUGAGCAGAGAACCAGGAGGGUGAAGAAAACUCAUGAAGAAUUAAAGAAGAAGUAUAUGGUAGAAAAGGGGAACAUGGGAAAGAAAGAGAGCCUAGUAAGUAGAAUUCAGCGUGAGUUGAAUGAGGUAGAAAAGCAGAAAAUUAGACUGGUGGAAGAAGCAUAUCAGUGUGUAAUGACUCUAGAGGAGACAGCAAUGAAGUCUGACUCAUUUUCCACUCUUCUUCAUCUUGACUUCCUUAUUGAGAAGAUGGAAGAAACUUGGGACAAAGUGAAAGCUCAGAAACUCCGUGAUAUUCAAAAGAGGGCUGAUACUGAAUACAAGAGAGCAAUGCAAAUGCAGUUUGCAAUGACCAUGACAAUGCCGCUUUAA